AUGCGUCUCGUCCACAGUUUGCUUAUUAAGUGGCUGAACGAGGAAGCGAGCGCACGCGCGGGGUUCGGCCGCGCCCCCCGCCGGCCGCCAGGACUACGAGUCCCAGCGUGCUCCGCGGCGCGCGCUGCCCGCCGGGAAGCCUGCGCCGGAAGUGGAGCCCGGCGCCCCGCGACGCGGAGUCCGCUCGCUCGCUCGCCCGCCCGCCCUUGCGCGCCGCUGGGCUCCUGGUCCGCCGCCGCCGCCGCCGCCGCCGCCGCCAUGCCCAUGAAGGGCCGCUUCCCCGUCCGCCGCACCCUGCGGUACCUGAGCCAGGGGGACGUGGUGUUCAAGGACGCCGUGAAGGUCAUGACGGUGAAUUACAACUCGCGCGGGGAGCGGGGCGAGGGCGCCAGCCUGAGGGGCUCGGCCGUUCAGCAGAGCCAGGAGCCACCCGCUGGCCAUUUGCUGCGCACGGGUCAACCCGGGAACUUGAACCUGUUGCACGGGAUCAGCCGGCCCGAGGGCUUCCUGGGAAACUUGGGCCGCUUCCCCGUCCGCCGCACCCUGCGGUACCUGAGCCAGGGGGACGUGGUGUUCAAGGACGCCGUGAAGGUCAUGACGGUGAAUUACAACUCGCGCGGGGAGCGGGGCGAGGGCGCCAGCCCGCGGAGGCCGCGCGCUCUGAGCCUCGGCCCCUGCUCAGCGCGGCGUCUCCCGCUUGCAGACUCCGGGGAGCAGGUGCUGGUGGACGUGGAGACCAAGAGCAACGCGGAGAUCGUGCAGCACAUCAGGAAGAUCCUGGGCAAGAGCGAGGACGCCCUGAGGAAGGAGGAGCGGCAGAAGCAGCAGCUGGCCCACCCGGCCAACUUCGGGCCGCGCAAGUACUGCCUGCGCGAGUGCAUGUGCCAGGUGGAGGGCCAGGUGCCCUGCCCCGGCCUGGUGCCGCUGCCCCGGGACAUGACCGGGAAGCACAGAGCCACCCUGCGAGCCGCCGCCCAGGACUGAGCCCCGACGCCGGGCCGGGCCGGGCCGGGCGGGUCUGACCGGUGGGGACACUGGGAGGGGAUCGCUGUGGCGCCAGGAAGCCCGAUGGUGUCCCCAGAGAGACUCCGGACGUCCCUGUACGAGAAACGGUCCCCUGUACACACUCGAGUGGAAGGACGUGGGGGGUCGCCCUCGCUGAGCUGAGAGAUCUCUGCACUGUCGCCCAGUAAAGCGCUUCGUGUGGUUUCGGUUUUUAUUUUCUCUCUUUUUUCCCCUCUUAGAUCCGGGUGCUGGGACGUGAAACGCUUCAUAGUCACUCCAGCAACGCGGCGUGUGUCGGGUCCUGCAGGCAAGAGGCUGGGGAGGGUGAGGCACGGCUCGGUCCUGCGACCCUGCCCUGGUCCCCCCUGGGCCGGAAUCUUCCUGCAGACCCAGCUCUGGAGAACGCGAGGGCUGCCGUGGCUGAGGGUGGCUGGAGCUGUCUUGGGCGGGCAGUGUAGACGGCCCUCCGUGCGGGUCCUUCGGGUGUCGUUCACAAAGUCAAAGGCAGCUCGGCAGAGCUCACCUUCUACCCUGGGACUCGCCGUGUUUGCUCCUGGGGGGCCGCAGACCAGCGGCACUUAGGCCGGGGCCCCA